GCCGGGAAGCUAGCUCGAUGGAGGCCCGCAAGGACCUUCUCUCGGCCUCGCGCGAAGACAACAGCGAAGGCGCCAGAGGAGGCAGCGGCGAUGACAAGACGGGGGGAACAGCCAGGACGACGGAUGAGGACAGGGAGGGGCAGGGCCUACCGCUGGCGGUGGCGGCUUCAGCGGCAGAGGACGACGACACCGGGAAACCGGAACUUGUGGCCCUCGCGGCGGCGAAGGAGUUCGUCGGGGUGCUGGCGGAGGCGGGGAUAGGGGCGGAGGGAGAGGGCCUCGAGGAGCGGUCGGAGGACGACGACGAUGAUGCCGGGGUUACGGUCGGCGAGAGGCGUCCCGAUGAUGACAAGGAGGAACGUGGUGAAAGGCUUGUCGGAGUGGGGGUCCGCGCUAGCGACGACGCGGAUGAUGAGCUGGGGGAGGCGGGACAGGGUGGCGGCGGUGGUGCCGGCGCUGCGGCAGGUCUAAGAGGGAGUGCUGAUGAUGACGGCGGUGAUGUGGCCGACGGCCGCAGCGAUCCCUCCGCUGCCACCUCGGCGGAAAAAGACGGGGAGCAGGCGGAGGAAGGGGAUGGUCUUGGGAGCCGCGCCAGCUCCACCGAGGUAAAAAAAUUCGGCCAAGGAAUACGAGCGAGGAGACGGCGACUCGACAGCCUCGCCCCCGGCGACCCUCGCGUCGCCGGGGGCGGCGGUGCCGCGACGGACGCAAGGGCCUUGGUUGCAACAACGCCUGCAGGAGGGGGCGACGCAGAUAGGGUUAGCUUGCUGUGGAUGGGGCCCUCGGCCUCGGACGGGCUGUGGAGGGAGCCCGGCGAGGGGAGCUUGUGGGCGGAGGUGUUCUCGAGGCUGCGGCUCACCAGGUGGAAGCCUCAGCACGUCUCGGAGUCGUGCCGGAUACCCUGCGGGCAUUGGAACACCGCCAGCCUCCCGGACAGUAAGAGCGGUGCCCCGCCCCCCAUCUUGGCGAGGGAGCAGGCGGGUUUCCAGUGCGCUCCCAGCGUGUUCGUUCCGGGUACGCAGAAGGGAGCUUCCACCUUCCUGUUCCACGCCAUCUCUUGGCACCCGCAGGUGGUACAGCCACUGAGAGGGGCCCACGGGUUCAAGGAGACCGGCCGCUACUCGCCCGGGGUUGCCCUCGGAGGGAACAAGCUGGGGCUCCGACUUGCGGCAUUUCCUUUCAUUGAGGAACACGAGAACUUUGCGACAGGGGACGGGUCCGUCGUCUACAUGAUCCAGCACAUGGACGUGCCGAAAGCCAUUCUGGCGGACAACCCUCACGCGAAGAUAGUCUUCGCUCUCAGAGAUCCUGUGGCCCGAGCGUGGUCGGACUUCCGCUUCUUGUGGAACGUCUACUCCAGGACCAACGGCUUCCCCUCAGGGCAACUGACGUUGUCAGAGGAGGACGAGGAGGUCAGAGUUGUGGCAUUGAAGUACUUCUACAAGUCGUCUGGAACGUGCGGGACGAGCAAUGACCCUGGGCACAUGAUCCGCAAGGGUAUCUACUACUUCCAGGUUCUCCACUGGAUCCGGGUGUUCGGCAGGGAUAACGUCAUGGUCGUGGAUUCCGCUGAUUUGAAGUCGAGGCAAAAGGAGACUAUCGAGGAGGUAUACCGCUUCCUCGGACUCUGUCCGGUGGACGUGAGCAGGCUGGAGCCAGAGAACGUCACCCCGCCGCCAAACAUCCCGGAUCACAAGAAAAUUAACGCCGAGUCCUUCAAGGCAAGCGGCACCACCGUCUUGCAAACAUGGCCUGAAUUGUUUUGCUGGAAGGUGCCCGGCCCUUCACACGGCACACGCCAGGUGGUACCCGGCCCUCUUCACGGUACACGCCAGGUUUCCUCUUGA